AAAAUAAUAUUUGAAGUAUUUCCUUUUAUGAUCUUAUUGAAGUAAAACAUGUUAUCUUAAAAUAUAGUAUUUCUUUUUAUAUAGAGCGUGCUCUUGGAAACAAUUUUAAAUUACACAUCAAACACAAUAUCAUUAACGAACAAAAAUUUAAAUCGUUAAUAUCUGCCUCACCUGCUAUAUAUAGAUCUGUAUAUGUGCUUUUUGAAAUUCUUGUUGCUUUGUUUAUAGGUAAAUAUAAUAAUAAAAUGGCAACGGAGAAGGAUUUGAUUAAUGCAGUCAGAGAAUCACUUAAAGCUGAUGGGGAGCUUGGUCGUAUAAAAGCUGAAAUGCGUACAGAAGUCAUAAAGUUGUUAGAUAAUUCAAAUAAAGGAAAUAAAACAAAGCUUCCAAAGCCACCUUUAGACAUUGUAUUUUUGAAUGAACUUAUUCGAGAAUACUUAGAUUGGAUGGGAUAUAAGUACAGCUCUACUGUAUUUAUUUCAGAAUGCGACUUGUCAAAGCAACCUCUUGAUAGAUUUUUGCUUUUGCAAAAUUUGGGGCUGAAAGAAAGUGAGAACAGUACAAAAUUACCAUUGCUGUGUAGUAUUGUAGAAACAUUCAAGAAUUUAAAAAAUACAUGAAUAUAUAAAAUUA